AUGACUGAAAUGUGACGUAUAAUAAACUCAUAGGAGAGGUAAACACUGAAGUGAACCUGAACGCAUCAUCAUGUAACUGAAGUGAACCUGAACGCAUCAACAUGUAACUAAAGUAAAUCUGAAUGCAUCAUAAUGUAACUGAAGUGAACAUGAACGCAUCAUCAAGUAACUUAAGUGAACCUGAACACAUCAUCAAGGAACUGAAGUGAAUGUGAACGCGUUAUUAUGCAGGAUUAGAACAAGAAGAAGAAGGAGGAGAACUCGAACAAUUAAAAAAAAGUAGAAGAAGCAGACGAACAAAAGCAAAAAGAACAAAAAUAAGGAAAAAUAUAAAAGAAAAGAAGCAGAAGAAGAACACAAAUAAAAAAAGAAGAAUAUAAAGUAAACAAAUAGUAAAAAGAAGUAGACAAAUAGAAAAAGAAGUUGAGGAAGAAGAAGAAGAAGAAGAAGACGUAACUCCGGGUCACGUGACCGGGCCGCGCAUCGUUUGGUCCAUUGUGGAUGGGAGCGAGAGCCGAGCAGCCAGAAGAUGACCAAACUGCAGUUCCUGAACGUGUUUCUGACUGAGCGGCUGAUGCUCGCUGCGCAGGAGAUCUACAAGUCCGUGGAGGACACGAUCCUGGAGUACCAGGAGGAGAUCGCGAUCCGGGAGCGGGAGAACGACCACCUGCGACGCCGGCUGCGGGACGCGGGGAUGGAGACAUGGCCAGAUCGGCCGUCCCUGCCGCUGCUGGAGGAGGACGGCGAGCCCCCGCGGCGCGAGUGGAGCCCCAGCAUGGGGCACGAGGAGCGCCUCCCUCUGCAGAGCAAGGAGAAGAGAGACGUCCGGGCCGGCCAGGGAGAGGAGAACGUGUUCCCUCCCCCGCGUGUCGUGAGUGAGUUCCCUCAGGAGGGGCCGCACACGUCCUCCCUCCCUCAGAGUCACGGCGUGGAGAACAGGGAGCGGGACGCCGCUCCGCGGAGCUCCUCGCGGCACGUGAAGGUCGAGAGCGGAGGAGGCCACCGAGGCUCCGCCUCCUCCAGCGGCGGCGCCCAGCCGCUCGCGCCGGUCAACCCCAACUGCUCCAACGAGAACAACAUCGACAUUACCGGGGCGGAGAGCGGAGGACAGAUGGGCGGCGCCAAGGGAAACGGAGGCGGGGCCAACCGAGGACAGGCCUCGCAAAUGCGCAACCAAGGAGCCUCUGCGGGGGAGUCCCCGCAUCCAAAGUCCCCCCAGCAGGGCCACAUGUCGUCCUUCUGCUGCAAGGUGUGCGGCGAGGCGUUCAGCCACGCCGGCCACCUGCACGUUCACGUACAGGUGCACACUCGGGAGAAACCGUACCGCUGCGGCGUCUGCGGGAAAUGCUGCAGCUCCUCCGGCCGGCUGCAGGAGCACCAGCGCAGCCACACGGGGGAGAAGCCCUUCCGCUGCCAGAUCUGUGGGAAGGGCUUCACGCAGAUGGCCCACCUGAAGGUGCACAUGAGGAUCCACACGGGGGAGAAGCCCUACAGCUGCCCCGUGUGCGGCAAGUGCUUCAGCCGCUCCGACAAAAUCAAAAGGCACCUCCAGACCCACAGCCGCGAGGGAACCUACUUCUCACAGCAAUGAUGCGUUCAGGAUCUCAUCCCUCCAACAGCUCAACACUGCCAUGAAGACGAGGAGAUUUCUGUUCUUCCUCCGGUCCAAGAACUCUGGGCUGUGCGGCUCUGGGAGGACGCCUCCCCCUCACUGCUCCGGGCCAGAGCCCCUCGCUAUCAUUUGUAUUAGCCAGUUUAGGAUGUCAUUUACUUAUUUUUGUACUUGUCACUGAGUUUUACAUCUCGAAGACACACUUUGAGUUAUUAGCUAGCUUUUAUGAAUGAUGUAGUCCUAUAAUUAGCAUGACGAAGUGUUCCACACACGCCUCAGGCGGAGCGAUGCAACGCGGCUUAUUGAAACGAGUCGCUUCUCAUACAGAAGUUUACGCUUGACGUCUCUCUUGUAGUCGUUGAGGCUCGACGGCCUGACGGCCGACCCCGCGCGUCGCCCUGCGGUAACACUGCCACUCGUCUUUCUCAGUAUUUUAUGAAGCAAUUGAACAAUGACAAGACGGAGGCUCCCGAAAAGCCUCCGAGACGCAUCGCCUGGAGAGGAGUCUGAGCUGGUCUUUAUCUGAACUUCCUGUUCUCCACGUCGCUGCAGAGCCACACGUCCAUUUCAACAUGUAUGAAUCCAUCUGUUGCUCCGCUACGGUGCUCACGGUGCUCACGUGUCCAAUGCCACCGCUCUCCGUCUCGCGUGUUGUUUCCUUUCCAUGACGUGCACUAUGCCAUCUCCACACGGGCCCGACAGUAUUAGCUGGAUCUAUCUGUGGUUCUUCAGGGGUCUGCACACACACACACACACGUUCACCUGUGUUUCACCUGUCUGUCGUGGAGUCGCCGGUGGCAGCAGAGCCCCCAGGCAGCGGCUCCUCUCAGGACUCACGCUGCACUCAAGGGGUCCAGGACGCCUCAGGGUGGAGGGUUCCUCGUGUCCCUGCUGGUGGCAGACAUGAAGGUUACAGAACAAUGUGCAUCUGAGCCGCUGCAGGAACAAGAAGUCAGUGGAACGUGACGGCUGACCAGCAGCGCUACUCCGGGACACAGUGUUGUGUCAUUGCGCAUUAAAUGUUAUUUUUUAAUAAAGUAGAAAUUGAGUAUC